CUGAGCUGGGCCGGGCCGUGCUGCCCGGCGCCCUCCGCGCCUGCCCGGCCCGCCCCUGCCGCUGCCGGGGAGGCGCCAGGGCGGGAAGCGGAACCGGCGGCGGGGGCGGGCGCGGGGCGGCUCUGCUCCGCCUGUCCUGUCCUGCCUUGUCCUGCCUUGCGGUGCGCGGCCCUUCGCGGCGGAGCAGCGGGAGGGACCCUCGCGCCAUGGCCCGGCACGGGAAGCCCCGCGCCCCCGACCCGGGCCGAGCAGGGCCGGCGAGCAGACGCGAAUCCCGGCUUCGCCUGGCAGGGCCCGGAGGAGCCGCGCAGAGGCCGCCGCGCAGCCGGGCGCUGGAGCUGGAGGCGCGGCGGCGCCUGGCGCGGCAGCAGCAGACGAGCCGGUGGCGGGACCUGGAAGGGCUGCAGAGGGACGCCCUGCGCAGGCAGCGGGGCUUCGAGCGGAAGGAGAUGGAGCUGAAGCAGCUGGCGGAGUGUGAGGGGCUGGAGAAAGACCGCCCCUGCACGGCUUAUUACAGGGAGUUCAGGAAGGUGAUUGAAGCCGCUGACGUGAUUUUGGAAGUCCUUGAUGCUCGGGACCCCCAAGGCUGCCGCUGCCCCCAAGUGGAACAGGCUGUGAUGCAGGCGGGAGCGCACAAGAGACUGGUCCUGGUAUUGAACAAAAUCGAUCUGGUGCCUAAAGAGAUCGUUGCAAAAUGGCUGAAGUAUCUGAGGAACGAAUUCCCCGCAGUCGCCUUCAAAGCCUCCACUCAGCAGCAGAGCAAAAACCUGCAACAGAGCCGCGUUCCAGUAGCUCAGGCCUCAGGUGACCUGCUUAGCAGUGGGGCUUGUGUCGGAGCUGACAGCCUCAUGAAAGUGCUGUCUAAUUACUGCCGAAACCAGGAUGUCAGAACUGCCAUCAGUGUCGGUGUUGUGGGCUUCCCAAAUGUUGGCAAAAGCAGCUUAAUCAACAGCUUGAAGAGGAGCCGGGCCUGCAGCGUUGGUGCCACUCCUGGAGUCACCAAGUGCCUGCAAGAAAUUCAGCUUGACAAACACAUCAAACUCCUGGACUGUCCAGGGAUUGUCAUGGCUGCUUCUUCCUCUGAUGCUGCCAUGAUCCUACGAAAUUGCAUCAAGAUAGAGCAGCUGGUUGACCCUGUGACCCCGGUGGAGGCCAUCUUGAAACGGUGCAACCAGCAGCAGAUCAUGCAGCACUAUGGGGUACCAGAUUUCAGGGAUACGGUGGAAUUCCUGGCUCAUUUGGCCAGGCGGCAAGGCAAGCUGAAGAAAGGAGGGACGCCCGACCUCGAGAAGGCAGCCAAAGCAGUGCUGAGUGACUGGACAAGUGGGAAGAUCAUCUACUUCACUCACCCGCCCGAGACCCACACACUCCCCACUCACAUCAGCGCAGAGAUCGUGGCAGAGAUGGGGAAAGCCUUCGAUUUCGAACUGCUGGAGCAAGGCAAUGCGGAGGCCUUGGCAUAUAUGCCCUCUGGCCCUGCAGGGAUCGCAAUGGAGGGCUUGGGCCUCACCUGUGGAGAAGUGGAGAUGGAGGAGGAAGAGGGACUGUCCGGUUACAAACAAGCAGAGUCCAAGAUGGAGGAAGACGGGGAUCCAGAGUUUGGCCUCAUAACAGUGGAGCUGAAAGCCAAGAGCAAGACUCUCGGGGUGGCUGAGAAAGCGGUGCCUAGAGCUCCAGACCUGAAGGAGAUUGCUGCCUUAGACCCUCUGCAGCAGGGCCAGGGCUUGCAGGCUGCGAGCAAGAGGCGCAAGAAACAGCGAAAGAGAGCAGAGAAAAUAGCCACCAAGCUCUCGGCCUCCUUGACAGCAGCCAUGAAUUUCAGCUUCACCAGUGACCGGUGAGCAAACUGCUCAGGAAAAGAGAUGGGCAGAGGGAAUGCCUUUAUCUCCCUCGGAAAGGAAGGCUGCUCCGCCCAUUCUUCUGCAGCAGGAGAGAGACUGGACCCCGCAGGAUUUGUGCGUCGCUUCAGAAGCCGGCAGCCUGACAGCUAUACAAAAAACAGGAGUUGUUUCUGUAAAGAACUUUUUAUUACCAGUGUAAAUUAAGAGACAAAAUUUAUUAAACUCAGCACUGAACACUGAA